AUGCUCUCUUUCACCGUGUACAAGGGCUCGCCCGACGGCAAGCCGGUCAAGGGCACCACGACCAGGCCGAAGGAGCUCACCGGCGACCAGGUCCUGCUCAAGGUCCUGGCGUCAGGCGUCUGCGGAACCGAUCUACACUACCGUAAAAAGGACAUGGUCCUCGGCCACGAGGGCGUCGGCGAGGUGCAGGCCGUCGGCCCGGAGGUGCGCCGCCUACGGCCCGGCCAGCGCGUCGGCUGGGGCUACCAGACAGGCGCGUGCGGGCUGUGCACGCCGUGCCUGUCCGGUGACGAGACGUACUGCUCGCGGCGGGAGAUGUACGGCUCCGCCGCGCCGGACCAGGGCAGCUUCGCGACGCACGCCGUCUGGCGCGAGGCCUUCCUGCACGCGCUCCCAGAGGGCCUCUCCCCCGCCGACGCCGCGCCGCUGCAGUGCGGCGGCGCCACGGUCUUCACCGCGCUCCUCGGCGUGCGCCCGACCGACACCGUCGGCGUGCUCGGCGUCGGCGGCCUCGGCCACCUGGCCAUCCAGUUCGCGGCCAAGAUGGGCUGCCGCGUGGUGGUCCUCUCCGGGUCCAGCCGGAAGCGGGAGGAGGCGCUGCGCCUGGGCGGGCACCGGUUCAUCGCCAUGAACGACCUCAAGGGGAAGAAGGGCAAGCAGAAGGAGGGGGGGGAGGACGCCUGGGAGAUUGACCGGCUGCUGGUGACGACGUCGGCGCUGCCGGACUGGGCGGCGGUGGUGCCGAUGCUGGCGGUGCGGGCGCGGAUCGUGCCGCUGAGCGUGGGCGCGCGCGACCUGGUGGUGCCGUACGCGCCGGUGCUGCUGCGCGGCGUGGAGGUGCGCAGCGCGCUGGUGGCGACGCGCGCGGUGCACAGGGAGAUGCUGGCGUUCGCGGCGCGGCACGGGGUGAGGCCGGUGGUGGAGGCGUUCCCGCUGAGCGAGGGCGGCGCGGCGGAGGCGCUGGAUCGGCUGGAGAGGGGCGAGGUGCACUUUCGCGCGGUGCUGCUGCCGGAGGGGGCGGAGGAGCUGGAGAAGCACAAGAUUUGA